CCUUUGGGCGCUGUGAAGAGUCGUGCCUCUGCGCUCCAGGGUUGAGGCCCAUUGGCUGUGGAGAGUUCGGCGGCGAUCGGGAUUCCACGGUGCUGCGGGGCGAGAUGCUUAAGUCGAAGACGUUCUUAAAAAAGACCCGCGCGGGCGGCGUGAUGAAGAUCGUGCGCGAGCACUACCUGCGGGACGACAUCGGCUGCGGGGCCCCGGGCUGCACGGCGUGCGGGCGGGCGCACGAGGGGCCGGCCCUGGAACCGCAGCCGCUCGACCCCGCCAGCAGCCUCUGGCCGGGACCGCACUACCUGCUGCCCGACACCAACGUGCUGCUGCACCAGAUCGAUGUUCUAGAGGACCCUGCCAUCAGGAAUGUGAUUGUGCUACAGACAGUCCUCCAGGAAGUGAGGAAUCGUAGUGCUCCUAUAUAUAAGCGUAUCAGAGAUGUGACUAAUAACCAGGAGAAGCAUUUCUACACGUUCACUAAUGAGCAUCAUAGAGAAACCUAUGUAGAACAAGAACAGGGAGAAAAUGCUAAUGACAGAAAUGAUAGAGCCAUUCGAGUAGCAGCAAAAUGGUACAAUGAACAUUUUAAGAAGAUGUCAGCAGAAAAUCAACUACAAGUUAUCUUUAUAACAAAUGACAAGAAAAACAAAGAGAAAGCUGUAGAAGAAGGAAUACCAGCCUUCACCUGUGAAGAAUACAUAAAGAGCCUGACAGCUAACCCUGAACUUAUAGAUCGUCUUGCUUGCUUGUCUGAAGAAGGGAAUGAAAUAGAAAGUGGAAAAGUAAUAUUUUCAGAGCAUCUUCCUUUAAGUAAGCUGCAGCAAGGCAUAAAAUCUGGUUCAUACCUUCAAGGAACAUUUAGAGCUAGCAGGGAAAAUUAUUUAGAAGCUACAGUAUGGAUUCAUGGAGAUACCGAAGAAAAUAAAGAGAUAAUCUUACAAGGGCUGAAACACUUAAACCGAGCUGUUCAUGAAGAUAUUGUGGCUGUGGAGCUUCUCCCUAAGAGUCAGUGGGUAGCACCAUCUUCUGUGGUUUUACAAGAUGAAGGACAGAAUGAGGAUGAUGUAGAAAAAGAAGAGGAGAGAGAACGGAUGCUCAAGACUGUUGUCAGUGAAAAAAUGUUAAAGCCUACGGGUAGAGUUGUAGGAAUAAUAAAAAGGAAUUGGAGACCAUACUGUGGCAUGCUUUCCAAGUCUGACAUUAAAGAGUCAAGAAGACAUCUCUUUACACCUGCUGAUAAGAGAAUCCCACGAAUUCGGAUAGAAACCAGACAGGCUUCUACAUUAGAAGGACGGAGAAUUAUUGUUGCUAUUGAUGGUUGGCCCAGAAAUUCCAGAUAUCCAAAUGGCCACUUUGUAAAAAAUUUAGGUGAUGUUGGAGAGAAGGAGACAGAAACAGAGGUUCUGUUGCUGGAGCAUGAUGUUCCUCAUCAGCCCUUCUCCCAGGCUGUUCUCAGCUUCCUGCCCAAGAUGCCCUGGAGCAUUACUGAUCAGGACAUGAAAAACCGAGAAGACCUGAGGCAUCUUUGUGUUUGCAGUGUGGACCCUCCAGGCUGUACUGAUAUAGAUGAUGCUUUACAUUGUAGAGAGCUCACUAAUGGCAAUUUGGAGGUUGGUGUUCAUAUUGCCGAUGUUAGUCAUUUUAUUAGGCCAGGAAAUGCCUUGGAUCAAGAAUCCGCAAGAAGAGGCACAACUGUGUAUCUUUGUGAGAAGAGGAUUGAUAUGGUUCCAGAGUUGCUCAGCUCUAACUUGUGUUCCUUAAGAUGUAACGUAGACAGGUUGGCAUUUUCCUGUAUUUGGGAAAUGAAUCACAAUGCUGAAAUCUUAAAAACAAGAUUUACCAAAAGUGUUAUUAACUCAAAGGCAUCUCUUACUUAUGCAGAGGCUCAGAUGAGAAUUGACUCAGCCACCAUGAAUGAUGAUAUUACCACUAGUCUCCGUGGACUAAAUAAACUAGCUAAAAUUCUGAAGAAAGGAAGAAUCGCAAAAGGGGCUUUGACUCUCUCUUCUCCUGAAGUUCGAUUCCACAUGGACAGUGAAACUCAUGACCCAAUAGAUCUACAGACAAAGGAACUGAGAGAAACAAAUUCCAUGGUGGAAGAAUUUAUGUUACUUGCUAACAUUUCUGUUGCCAAAAAAAUCCAUGAAGAAUUUUCUGAACAUGCUCUCCUUCGCAAACAUCCUGCUCCACCUCCAUCAAAUUAUGAAAUUCUUGUUAAAGCAGCUAAGUCUAAGAAUUUGGAAAUUAAAACGGAUACAGCCAAGGCUUUGGCUGACUCUUUGGACAAGGCUGAAUCUCCUGUUUUCCCCUAUCUAAACACGCUGUUGAGAAUUUUAGCCACUCGCUGUAUGAUGCAAGCUGUGUACUUCUGUUCUGGAAUGGACAAUGACUUUCAUCACUAUGGCUUAGCAUCACCAAUAUACACACAUUUCACUUCGCCCAUUAGAAGAUAUGCAGAUAUAAUUGUUCAUCGGCUGUUGGCUGUAGCUAUUGGAGCAGACUGUACUUACCCUGAGUUGACAGACAAACACAAGCUUGCAGAUAUAUGUAAAAAUCUCAAUUUCCGGCACAAAAUGGCUCAGUAUGCUCAACGUGCAUCUGUAGCCUUUCACACCCAGUUAUUUUUCAAAAGCAAAGGAAUAGUAAGUGAAGAAGCCUAUGUUCUAUUUGUAAGAAAGAAUGCUAUUGUGGUGUUAAUUCCGAAGUAUGGCUUAGAAGGUACAGUUUUUUUUGAAGAAAAAGACAAACCAAAGCCACAGCUUGUUUAUGACGAUGAGACACCUUCACUUAAAAUAGAAGGCACCAUGUUUCAUGUGUUUGAUAAAGUUAAAGUGAAAAUCAUGUUAGAUUCAUCCAAUCUUCAGCAUCAGAAAAUCCGAAUGGCCCUAGUAGAACCACAGAUACCAGGAAUAAGUGUUCCUGCAGAUACUUCAAAUGACCUUAAUGAACCAGGAAAAAAGAAGAGGAAGCUUGAAAAGUAGCUACAUUCAAUGAAAAAAAAAUUCUAUUAUAAAAGAGAAUACUUCUAAGCUUGUGUGUGAUGGCUUGUGUUACUUUUAGGUACAUUUUAAUAAUUUUAGAAAUUUGCAUAUUUAUUGAAUUGUUGACUCUCUUUUAUCAUACUACUUUGUCUCUAGAUUGAACAGAACUAUUUAUGCAGAAAAAUUCAAUUGAAUAUCCAUCACUUAAAUGGUGACAGGAUAGCACCUUCAGGGAUAUAUAAAGAUCAUUUAAAUGGAAGACUCACCUGCUCAUUGAAGAGCAGUCUAAUUUUUCAUAAGAACUUUAUUAGUAGGAAAACAAAACCCCUUAGAACAUCUUUAGAAGCAAAGAAGUCUUUUCUAAGUCUUUAGCUGUGUUAUAUCUCCCAUGCCAUUGUCAUUUACUUAAAUGUCCCCCUACUGGACUAAAAAGUUUCUCACAUUUCAUUAGUGACCCAUAAACAAAUGUGAACUUGAUAAAAAUUAAAAAAAAAAAAAAGGAUAUUUUGGCCUGAUUGGGAAAAAUAGUUGAUAACAGGUAAAAAUAUAAGUCUUUGACCUUGACCUUAUAGUGGCUUCCCCAAAUAAGGCUUUAGAGCCGAGAAAGAAUUAAAAAUUGUACUUCAAAU